UUCAAAAUGCAACAAUAAUUCACUUUGUUUUACACUUAAAUAUAAUUGGCGUAACUAUAAUUUGUAGUAGUAUUUCUAGCUUUCCAUAAGCAUCCUUGCAUUUUCUUUUUAUUUCCAUCUGUCUUUCAGGCUCCUGUAGAGACAAAGUUCGACAACUUGUUUGGAACCUCGGCUGCUGCAGAUCCGUUCAACUUCAACAAUCAGAACGGCAUGCGUAACGAUGACAAAGACCGACUGAUUGAACAGUUGACCAAGGAAAUCCAGUCCUUAAAAGAAGAGCUUGACUCCUUCAGACUAGAGAGUGGCCGUUUGUGUCAGGUGCUCCGGGGGCGUGUUAAUGAGCUCGAAGCGGAACUUGCUGAGCAGAGCCACCUGAGGCUGCAGGCUAUGGGGGAGAGCGAGUUCCUGAAGGCAGAGCUGGACGACCUGAGGAGGGUCAGGGAGGACACGGAAAAAGAGCAGAGGAGCCUGACGGAGAUCGAGAGUAAAUCGUUUUUCAUUGUUUUUCAACGACUUUCUACUGACUAUAAGUCGCUCAGGAAUACAGGUCGCUCCAUCCAAAGUAACACCAGUGCCCUAUGGUGGCCGUGAGUGUGAAAACAACCAAGAUGUAAAUUUUCAGUGGAACAGGAGCGGUAGGUACUGGUAUACAAGCAUA